CACCCCGCCGAGCUUCGCCACUUGCCGCUCUCUCGCAGGCUCAAUCGUGCGCCGAACCUUUGCCUCCGCAACUCGUGCUCGGCGUGCUGACGGACACUGACACACACAGGUUCGAGACUAGCUGCAUCCUCGGUUCUCCGGCGGCCGCGUGUGACAUGUGACUCGAUCGUGCGGGAGUCGUCGUCGUGUCCACCCGCCCAACCCGAGAGAGAGAGCAGACGAGUUUUCCGCGUGCGAGUGGAGCGUGCCGAGCGCCAGCCUGCAUCACCCGCCGCGGCUGUUCGGGCCGAGAUUCGUGGAGGCCGGGCCGCCCCUGGACGCCGCCACCAUCACGCUUCCGCCGCAGGACGUGGUGUACGCCAUGUCGGCGGCCGUGGGACAGUUCCUGCUGCACCACCCGCCACCGCCGCCCAUGCCCCCGAUGCCCGGGCCCCUGCUGCCGCCGCUCGGGCCCGAGCCGCCCCCGGCCCACAUGAUGCACCUCAAGAGCUCGCCGGACGACCCCACGCGUCCGCCCACCCCGGGACACAGCCAGGAAGUGCUGCUCGCCCUCCUCGCCAGAAACAAGAACCUCGAAGCAACAAUUCCACGGUGCGGAGGUUGCUCGGAGCUGAUCCUGGACCGCUUCAUCCUGAAGGUGCUGGACCGGCCAUGGCACGCGCGCUGCCUCAAGUGCGCCGACUGCGGCGCCCAGCUGGCCGAGCGCUGCUACGCCCGACAUGGUGACGUCUUCUGCAAGGAGGACUUUUUCAAGCUUUUCGGCAGGCGGUUCGGCACCAAGUGCGCCGGCUGUGACCAGGGCAUCCCUCCGACGCAGGUGGUGCGCAGGGCGCAGGAACACGUCUUCCACCUCGGCUGCUUCGCAUGCGCACUCUGCUCCAGGCAGCUCGCCACUGGCGACGAGUUCUACCUCACUGACGACCGAAGACUCGUGUGCAAGGCCGACUGGGAGACCGCCAGAAGCAAAGGCGGGGAUGUUUCAGACGGCUCGCUGGAGGGCGACCAGCCGAACAAGCGGCCGCGCACCACCAUCACGGCCAAGCAGCUGGAGACGCUGAAACAGGCGUACAACAACAGUCCCAAGCCGGCCAGGCACGUCCGCGAGCAGCUCAGCCAGGACACUGGCCUCGACAUGCGGGUCGUCCAGGUCUGGUUCCAAAACAGGAGAGCGAAGGAAAAGAGGCUGAAAAAGGACGCGGGCCGCACCCGCUGGAGUCAAUACUUCCGAUCGAUAAAGGGCAGCGGCGCUGGAUCCUCCUCGCCCCGCUCAGACAAAAUGGACACCAAAGACUCGGAGCGGGAAAUCCUCGACUCUAGUUACAGCCACGAUUUGAACAGCAAUGACAGCUACAGCACCGUGGCCAACCUGACGAUUGAGGGCGAGAGCGGGGCCGCGUCACCGCGCGGAGCAAACUCGUACAUUGGUGCUCCGGGCAGCCCGUCAUUCCUGCCGCAGAGCCAUUCGCCGCCCCCGCAACACAUCGUUCCCCCUGCUCACCACGGAGGCCCUGGCUGGGACACAAUGGGCGUCUUCAACCUGGCAGCCAGCAGAAGCACGGCAGGUCCGCCAGCGAGCAGUUCGUUGCAGGCGGGCCCCGGCUCAGACCUGAGUUCGACCAACAGUCCGCACGGCUACCCUGACUUCCCUCCCAGCCCCGACUCGUGGCUCGGCGAAGUGGGCAGUUCGCGCUACUGAGGCUUGCACAGACUCAAACGGCAGCGGUUUGAGUGAGCGAAAAUUUAAUCGGGCAUGGACGUGGUCACGGUCCGCAGACCCCCUAGUGAUCAAAAUGCAGCGGCAAAGUGUCGAUUUUAUUCCGAAAGAAAUGGGCUCGCGCCAUCGUAUCCACGCAUUUAUAUUCUUCAUUAUUAUUCGGUUUGAAUCAGUUCUGAAGAAAGAAAUUGUUGGUUAUUGCCCCCGAGGGUGAGUUGGGAGAAAUUCGAUUUGAUUGAUUUUUAGUGAGUCACUAAGACCUGAUUGACUGCACAAAUUGUUUUGUUUUGUUUUUACUUGAUUUGUUUUGUUCCUCCCCCAGCUUCUACUCGCCGGGGUUGGUGAAAUAUCAUCUUAUUGCUUAAGACGUUUUGAGAGAAAUUUCAAAAUCAACCAAAUUAAUAUGUCAAUAUUUGACAAAUCUCAGUUCUACUAUUUGAAUCUCAUAUUAUACACAAAGAGUCAUAUUCUAUGUCAGGACGAUUCUGUCCACCAAUUUUUGUUACCAAAAAAAAGUCAGAAGAAGCUAGUCACUGGUUGAAAAUUGUCAAUCUCACAUCACGAGAAGUAUUAUUAUAAGUAAAUUAUAUGAAAAUGAUUUGCAUCAUCGUCAUCAUCAUGCAUUUGGUGUCCUUUCUGUGAUUUUGUACACAUAACAAAUUAAUAUAUAUCUAGCCCUCUAUACAAACUAAGAUUAUAUAUAAAAUGUAAAAACUUUGAUGGCUCUUCUAGUCCUCUAAAUGAAGUUUUUUCAAAGUUGAAGCCUGAUUUGGUAAGUGUGGAGGAAAACAGUCACCAUAUUAAACUAGCACACACACUCACACAUUACUGAAACUUUUGGAUUUGUGUACCUCUCCUCGGCGCCUAAAUGUUUGCCACGAAGAAAAGAUUUUGUUGUAAAACUUCAGUGGUUUGGUGGAAAAUUUUGUGCUAAAAACAACCACUCUCUCUCUCUCUCUCACGUGAUUCAUUGAACCAGUGUCAUUGAGAUCUGAUAUGUAUGAAAUGAAUGUUUCAAAAUGCAUUCUCAAAUAGGAAAUAAAAAAGAAUUCAACACGUUGUGAGGAAACAGAG